AUGGCUUCAGCAUUUCUUAAAAAGAACCUGGCUCUUGCUCCACUUUUCGUCGCUAGCGGUGUUGGUGUUUUUGGUAGUCUAACCUAUGCUCUGUACACCCUUACGUACAGUCCAGAAGUGGUCGUUAAUAGAAGCAACCAACAACCUUGGAACCUCAUCCAACAACAUGAAAAUCACAAAAUGAUAACCAUCAACAAGGAAUUUUUUGAAAAACGUCGUGGUGUCGACUCUCCUUCUAAAAGCUUUUGA